CCAAGGCUAUAAAAUACUAAAAAAUUUGCGAACUUAUUAUUUCAUUUCCUUAAAAAACACCAGUGACCAAUACAAACAUCCGGUUACUGGUUAGCUAUGCUCUUGCAGGUCUGUUUUCAUCUUUAUCAACUGCAAAAUUUCACUGGCUUAAACUGCAGGAUUCCAGAUAUAGAUCUACUGUCUUUGUUAUGACAGACGAAGACGUUCAACACUCGUACUUAGAACGAGUUUUUAAUAUAUUUAGUGACACUCUUCUGCCAAUUAUCCCAGAUUGUGUUUGGGACAGCUGGAAUAAUGUUUAUUUAAUUGGUAGCGAUCUUGCAAACGAAAUUUCGAAUGCUGACAUUCAGUAUCAAAUUCUGAUUGUUUUAAUUACUUGGUUUGUUUUGAAUUUAAUUCUUAUUAAGUUGGCCUGGAAAGUUUUUGGUGAAGACAACGUGAAACUGCUGACAUUUAAAGACAAAGAUAGAAUCAAACACCUAAAAAAGGAGUAGUGUUUCUUACAAAAUACUUAACCAGAUAAAAUGGCUGCUAUCAAAAGAUUUUUUGAAAAACGUAAAUUAAAUAUAAAAUUUAAAAAAGCAGGGGAAGGGCAUCGUCUUGAUGAACCAUCAUCAAGCGUACAGGCUCCCAAAGUGUCUGUUGCUUCUGUUUCUAAACCUAGUUCAAUAACGAGAGAGCCAGAAACUGAAGCAGCAAGAAGAGCUGCUGCAGAAGCUGCAUUGGCAAGAAUGGAAGCCAAACAGCAAAUGAAAAAUGCUGACAGCAUGGUAGUUCAAAGAGCUAGAAUGAAACGUCAAAUGGAAGAAGAAAAGAGGAGACUCUUGGAGGCUGAGAAAAAGGGGGCUUCAGCAAGAGCAGCACCUGAUGAGGUUGUUAAAGAUUCUGCUCCAAUGCUUGAGACUGUUCUCUAUAAGUGUCCUGAUAUUGGACCACAGUUGCUUCCAAAAUCAGAAAUGGAGUCAGCGAUUCAUCGGUUUCUUUUAGAAAAUUAUGAAGAUGAGCCAGAAAUGACAUCAGCUCUCAUGAUACACACUUUGAAUAAGAAUAAAGAGAAGGUUAAGACAUGUGUGGAAACACUUGUAAAAUAUCUAGAUAACAUAAUUAACAAUCCCACUGAGGAGAAGUUCUGGAAGAUUCGUCAGAGCAACAAAGCAUUUCAGGAACGUGUUGCAUGCUUAAAAGGAACGGAACAAUUCCUGCUUGCGGCUGGGUUUUCCUUGAAAAACCUCCCAUUUGAAGAUGGUGAAGCAGCAUUUUAUGUUUUUGAUUCUGAAUUGGCCAAAGAUGUGGAUCGUUUACAAAAUAUGAAAGAAAUUUUGCUCAAAGCAGAACCCAUACAACCUGAGCUGGACCGGGAUUUGAAAAUAUUUCACCCAUCAAAAUCAGCUGCCUCUUUUGAAAUUCCUGAUGAGUUUUAUGCCAUUAGUCCAGAAGAAUUAAAAAAGGAACAUCAGAGGCGAGAAGAGGCUGCUGAGAAACUAGGGAUGCUACGUACUAAAGCAAUGCGAGAGAGAGAUGAACAAAGGGAAUUAAGAAAAUACAGAUAUGUACUAUUGAGAGUUAAGUUUCCUGAUGGCAUUUUGCUGCAAGGUGUGUUCCGAGCACAAGAAAGCAUGAAACAGGUGUAUCAGUUUGUGAGAGAAAAUCUGGUUAAUGACUGGAUGCCUUUUCACUUGACAUCUGGUACUAAUAAUAAGCUUGAAGAAGGGGACAUGACUCUGGCAGAAUUAGGCCUUGCUCCAGCUGCAGUUGUCCACUUCUCAUGGGAUGCUGAUGUACUAAGAGAAGCAACCUCACAGAAAGGUUCAAAUAUAGCAAAAGUGCAUCUCCUGCCUGAGCUUAUGGCUAAAAUUCAGAGCUUAUGAGAUUUCAUUUCAAUUUUUUUUUGUCUUAAAUUUUUGAGACGACAUUAUUCAAUAAAAUGCUUUGUAUCUUUAAAUGAAGCAAUUUAUAAGCAAAGAUGGAAAAUAUGUAUUUCUUUAAAGUAAUGCUGUUGUUUAAUAAGAUAAUUAUAUAUUUCCAAGUGUAAAUGUUCUUGUUUCAACACUAUGCCAUUAAAUUGAUUCAUUCAGUAUUCUAGUUAUUUCACUGGAACUUGAAAUUUUUGUCAUAUAGAGUAACAAAAGAGCACUGAUUAAGACCUUAUAAUUUUUUUUUUCUAGAGGCUGGAAAGAAGCUAUAAAGUCACUUCUCCAUUUAAAAGAGUAAAUCAUAGACUAGUUUUAUAUCACUAGCUUUACAUGUAAAAUGUUAGAACUUGUAAUAUAUAGCUACAUUCUAAAUUUGCAUGACAAACAAAACAUGAAUUUAGGUAAUCUAGAGACCCAACUAAUAUUUUCAAGUUAUGAUUUUUAAAGGGGUGAUGUAAUAUUGAGCCAAUUGAUGUUAUCUAGACCUCUCUAAAGCUUUUAAUAAUGUUUACCAUCUUAGCUUACUUUGAGCUUUCUUUAUACAUUAAAUUUCUUCAGUAUUUCACGUUUAUGACAUGAAUGGAUCUUGGUUGAAAUAAUAGGUUGGGAGAACAUUGUGAUGCAUUUGUAUGAAUAAAUAAAUAUAUGUAACAGAAUACUCAGAUAUCAAGAUUAAAACACAUUGUUUUGGUUCCAUUGAGACAAACUCAGAAAUCUUUCUUAAAAAGUGCUGUUUCUGCUUAAAAGGCUGUUUUGUAUCGUUUUAAUAUGAAUAAAUAUUAGCGGUACAAUGGAAGUCAAUGGUAAUGUGUAAAGAUCAUUCUGAUAAUAAAAUAUUUAUUUUUAUCCACACUUUUAUUGUAUGAUGUUUUGUAUAAAUGUAGUCUUUUUUUUUUAAAUAAAGUAAUUUUAGUCAUCUAUUUAAUUGAAAAUUUGGAAUCACUUGGGUUUUAAUAAUGGUAAUUUUUGUUCUUCAUAUGUCUGCCUACUAUGAUCAUAUUAUUCUCUUUCUUGGUAAAAUAUUAUUAUUGGUCCAAAUGAAUGGAAAUACUGUUUGACUACAAUUGUGUACCUCAGCCUUACCAUUAUAACAAUAUUGAUGCAAACAUGUACAACAUAUGCCCCUAUUUCUUAGACAUGAACAUAUGCUUUUAUAUAGCGCUACUUUCAUGCUUAUAGCAUGCUCAGAACGCUAUGGUCCAAUCUCAUUUGUGUAACCGUAAUGCAUUUCUUUCAUUUGAAUACAAUCCUGAAAGAGAUGAAGACAUUAUACAAUGAAUAAAUCUAGCAUGACAGACAAUUUGCCACAUUUCUUAAGAAGACUUAAAUCAGAAUUUUAACUCUUAUGUCAAGGCAGUCCUACUGUAUGGAGCUAAAACUUCGAGAAUAACUGAAACUACAACAAAUGUUUGAGAAAUAUCUUGAAAAUAUAAUGAUACCAUUGUGACAAAGUAGCAAAUACCAAACUUUGUGCAUGGACAGAGAAAUAUAGAGGUGUAGAUCUUAGAAAGAAAAUGGAGUUUGACUGGUCACACCCUAAGAACCUGAGAAGUCAGGGAAGAUCUAGGAACCAGUUAAAAGACUAGCAAGAGACCAUUAUUAUGUUUGUACUAAGGCCUUAUGUUCCAUGUUUAUGCAAAGGCAACACCUUUUUAUUGUGCUCCCUUUUAGUGUUUCUUUUUCUUCCUCUGGAAAUCAUUGAAAGUUUCUGUCAUUAAAAAAAAGUAGCAAGCUUCAUAAUUUUUUCUGGCUAUUUUCGAAAUUUCUGCAACAAAAAUAUAGGAAGCAAAAGCAGGUUGUUAAAAUUUUAAAUUUAGUUUGAGACAUUUCUGCUAUCUUGAAAAUAAAAAAAGAUACUGCUAAGAUGGUACUUAGAAAACUUCACAUCUUUAAUGUUAUAUAAAUUGAGAACUUUGGGAGCUGCCAUUUUUGGAAUAAAAUCACUCAAGUAAUUUUCAAUUGUACCAGAUUAUUUGUAAAGAAGUGAAAAAAAAGUGUUUUUUUGUUUGUUUAUUUUGGAAAAAAAAAAUCUUGAUGAAGACACCAAAAACUGCAGAAUGUGUUUUUAAAUCUUGCUGUGUAAAUGUCUUGUAUAAUACUUUGAACUGCAUAAUAUUUAUCUGAAUGUUUUUUUUUUCUUUAGACAUUAGAAAAAAAAGUUUUUGCUGUUCUGAAAUAUUAUUGUCCUGUGAUACAUUUAUUCAGUCAUCCUAUAAUUUAUCCUUUGACUUGGUGUUAUUACAAAUUUAACAUGGUGGUUUCAGCAUUUUAACUUGACUUGUUUGUUUCAGUUAACUUCUAAUUCAAGACAUUCAGAAUGUACACAUUUGAAUCUUUUCUAUGUGCCUAUAUAUACAUAGAUAGUAAUUUACUCCUUACAGUUUCUUUUUUUUCUGAAGGAUGUAGAGAGACUUUGAAAGAGCAUAUUACCAAUUAUGUUUUGUUCCUCUGUGUUGUUCCUCUUGGUGGUGUAGAAUUUAAAUAUUUGAGAUCAAUAAAAGUUUUAAUAGUUGUG